GAAGCAUUGUUUACAUUCGUGAUUCGUCGCUUCGGAAGAUUCCCUUAUCUGGAUUAUCUGUGCUUUACAGGGAAGAUUAAAGCUGAAAAAGACACGUUGUCACGAUGGCCCUCUCGAUCUUCAAAGAUCUGCCAGCGGAGCAUCCGCGGCACCUGAUUCCAUCGCUUUGCAGGCAAUUCUAUCACCUAGGAUGGGUAACCGGCACAGGAGGUGGCAUGAGCAUCAAACACAACGAUGAGAUCUACAUAGCACCAUCGGGCGUCCAGAAGGAGCGCAUGCAGCCGGAAGAUCUGUUCGUGCAGGACAUAACCGGAAAAGAUCUGCAGCUUCCGCCGGAGAUCAGAGGCCUGAAGAAGAGCCAGUGCACGCCGCUCUUCAUGUUGGCCUAUCAACAUCGCCAGGCGGGAGCCGUAAUCCAUACCCACUCUCAGCAUGCCGUUAUGGCGACGCUACUGUGGCCAGGAAAAACCUUCCGUUGCACCCACUUGGAGAUGAUCAAGGGCGUGUACGACGAGGCGGAUAAGCGAUAUCUGCGCUACGACGAGGAACUGGUCGUCCCAAUCAUCGAGAACACUCCCUUCGAACGUGACCUGGCCGAUAGCAUGUACGCCGCCAUGAUGGAGCAUCCCGGUUGCAGUGCCAUUCUGGUCCGACGACAUGGCGUUUACGUUUGGGGAAAGAACUGGGAGAGCGCCAAAACCAUGUCAGAAUGCUAUGACUAUUUGUUCUCCAUUGCCGUGGAAAUGAAGAAGGCCGGAAUCGAUCCGGAGAAGUUCGAGAGCCCCACAGGAAAUUGAGCUGAUAAAAAUACACACACCAUUAACCCUAUAUAAGCAUUAUACUGCAUUUAAUAUUUUAAAUGUUGUGGUAAUGCGAGGUAAAAGUAAUACAAGAUGUAUAAAAUGUUUUUUUAAAACAAAUUUUUGCUAAAUAUAAGAAAUUUAAAAAAACGCAAA